CGACGAGCCCUGGCACUGGUCGGGCGCGUAUAAAGUCAGUCGGGCUAGCCCAGUAUCGCGGCACGGUGAUACCCGGUAACACACAUCCAUGUCAAGUCGUGAUCGACGCACCGAGAACGGGGUCAAAAGUCGACAAAAAAAUAUCCCAUAUUUUCGUAUACGAGAGUGCUGGAAUGAAAUUAGUCUUGUGACUGGGUGAUAAUCGCAAUUGUAAAACAACUGAUAUUCCGAGAUCCCAACGAGGGACGUGGAGAUUCGUGUGCGACUUUCUGUGAAAUUCUUAUUCCACGUCGAGACGAGUUCGGAACUGUUUAUCCCAAUCGUUUGAGGAACUCCGCCACUUUCCAAAUACUCCGUAUGCGAAUGUAAACUUUCUAACUGUUUGCACGAGAAUCGCGCGAGGUACUCCGGAAUUGAUUGCUGAAGUGAUACAAAAGCGAUUAAGUGGAUUACGCCCAGAUCCGAGUCAUCGACAUCUUUUAUUUAUCCCGGAGGAGUUUUCGCCGUGCGUUAAAAGUCGCGCGCGCGCGUCGUCGAGGAAACGAUAGCAAACGCGUACGGUAAAUCGCUCAAAUCGACAAGACUCGUCGUCACGCGGCUUCCUUAAAUUUUCGGACAGUUGUUUUGCACGCGUUCGUCAAAGUGCCGGACAAAUUGUCAGAGGUUCUGGGCGAUGUCCUGGAGUUAUGCGGCGGAGGCGGAAGCGGCGGUACUGCAGCCGGCGACAAGAACAUGUCAAGCAACACGUCGUCGAGCGGGAGCGCGGCUACGAAAAUGGGUGCAAUGACAGGAGUAGCGAUAAUUAAGGGUAGAUGGGCCCAAAGAGGCACACGCUCGCCCCUCUCUUCCAUCGCUAAUACCGAUAGUGCCGACAGUACAACUUCGACCAGUUCGGAGGAAUUUAACAUCGCGAAGGAGCAGCACGCGAUACAACCGUCGAUAGCCGAAUCGGGCUUGCCUCAUCAAAGUCGCAGUUAUCCAGACGGAGGCGGAAGCGGCGGUCGAACGUUGGCAAGGAACUCGUCCGUCAGCUCGCAGAGCUCGCUGGAGGGUGCAUCCAGUUCUUCGAAUCACCGGGGAUCAUCGCCUCAAAUCAGAGCGUUUGGCCCGGACGGACGGCAUCAUGCUCGACAUGAUCCUCUACAUUCCGCCUCUUCGUAUCCACCUAGCAGAAGCUCGAGAUCUCCUUCACCAGCUCGUGCAGCAUCCUUGGAUGCACGUUGUGCAAGUCCUGCCAGUUACAUGGGUAGCCUGCACAGUGGAAAUGCGUCGCCUUCACAGACCUCUUUGUCGUCCGUAGCAACGGGUGUAAGUUCCACUUGCGGGUGUUCGCCGAUGAAUGCCGUUCAAAGUACUUCCAGACAGACCAGUCGUUGCUUAUCACCCCUUCUCAUCCCACCGCCACGUGCUUCCAUAAGCAGCGACGGUGGCCCCAUACCGCCUGCUUCCCCACUUGGUUCUUUACAACCGGAUCUUUAUCAAAGACGUGACGGUCCUGUUUUUCUCAGCGCUCGCAGGACUGGAAAGCAUUUGGGUAGGCUUCAUCUGCGCUUGAGAUAUGACUUUGAUAAAUCAGAUUUGGACGUGCACUUGAUCGAGGCGCACGAUCUCGCAGGCAGCGAUCAGGGCGGUUUCAACGAUCCUUACGUCAAGUUGACUCUCAGCCCGGAAGUGGACAGCAGGAAAAGACAAACGCAGAUCCACCGGAACGAUCCAAAUCCGUUUUUUGAUCAGCGUUUCAAAUUUCCCGUUAGCUACGAAGAGCUGCAGGAGAAGACUUUAGUUUUGCAGGUAUUCGAUUACGAUCGUUUUUCGAGGAACGAUGUGGUUGGUUCGGUGAGAGUGGCCAUGGACAGCCUCGAAUUGGUCUCUUCCACUUCUUCGGUAGAAGUUUGGGGUGAGAUAACGAGAGAACGCAAACCGCCGGAAGAGAUUCAAGAGGUUUUGGUCUCACUGUCUUACUUACCGAGUGCCGAAAGGCUCACGGUUCUCAUGAUGAAAGCUAGAAAUCUGUUUCCCCAACAGGAUAAGGAGACAUUGGAUCCAUUCGCGAAAGUUAGUCUCCUCUGUGGAGAAAGAAGAGUAAAGAAGAAGAAAAAAACAGCUGUUAGGAGGGCAACGAUGAAUCCCGUUUGGAACGAAGCAAUGUCGUUUAAUAUACCUGCCUCAUUACUUGCAUCGUCGGCUAUAGAGAUAUGCGUGCUGGACUCGAGCAGCGAACUGAUCGGUGGAAACGCCAUCGUCGGAUCCUGCAUUAUUGGACCGGCCACAGGUGCGGACAGCGGUAACAGUCAAGGACGAGAGCACUGGCUUCAAAUGACGCAGUCUCCGAGGAAGCAAAUUGCUGAGUGGCACACGUUACACUAGUUCGAUCGUCAUUACGAUCUAGCCAUUUGAUUGCCCGAAUAAUUCGCGCGUCCUUGAUCGAAGGAAAUACAAUCUGUCGUCAUGUUACGUCAUAACAAACAGUCGAGUAACCAUAUACAUAUACAAAACGUAUAGCGAUAUUAUAUGUAAAAUGGCAAAAAAUGACAUGCAUUUCCCGUCUCAACAAAAAAAAAAAAAAAAAAAAGAAAAAAU